CCAAAGGGCUGGAGCCUUGAUCUGAGCACGGCUGGGAAAGGCUAACGGUGCCAGCAUGGCCGUGCAUCUCCUGGUCUGACGGGGUGCCUGAGAGCCCCCCCCACCCCAAAGCAGGCUUUGUACCAGCGCUGCUGCUGCAGGAGCUGUGACGGCGGGCAGGAAACCAUCUUGGUCCGGCCGCAGCCCCGGCCGAGCGGCCCGGGCUCGGGGCGAGGAGUUUACUCCGAGCCCCGGCCGCUCGGCCGGGGCUGCGGCUGGACUGAAUGCAGAGGUUCUCCAGGAGAGCUUUGGCUGCUUCUCGCCCGCUGCCGGAGCUUCCCCCAGCCCCCUUCCCCGCUGGGAAACUGAGGCACGGAGCGAGGCUUGUCCCUCUCCUGGGAGAGGUGGCGGAGAAAGCGGGGCUGCCGGAGCGGCCCCCCCCCCCCCGCUUCCCCAGCAGCGGCUCCCGGAGCCUCCUCCCCGCCUCCAGCCCGCCCCGCCGGGCUUGCCGGGACCGGGGGGUGGCGGUCGGGACCUCCGGGCGCUGCGAGGGUCCCCCCCAACCCCCGCUCCUGCCUCAGUUUCCCCCGCGGUGCCCGGACGGGGCGGCCCCUCCCGGUCCCCGCCCCGGCCCUCGUCCCCGGUGCCGGCCCCCCGCCCCGCCGCCGCGCAGCGCCCGCGGCCGCCGGGCCAUGGAGCUCAUCGAGCUGCGGGAGCUGCAACCGGAGCCGCGGCCGGGCCGGGGCCGCCUGGAACGGACCAACGCGUUGCGCAUCAGCCCGGCCCGCCGGCCCGGCACCGGUCCCGGUCCCGGUCCCGGUCCCGGAGCGCACCCCGACCCGCGGCUGACGGCGACACCGGGCGCCGGGCACCGCUUCGAGCCGCGGCGCCGCGGGCUCCACACCUGGUGCGACCUCUGCGGGGACUUCGUCUGGGGCGGCGGUAGGAAGAGCCUCCAGUGCCGCCACUGCAGCUUCACCUGCCACUACCGGUGCCGGGCCCUGGUGCGGCUGGACUGCAGCGGCCCCCCGGGCGCCGACGACGAGGACGAUGGCAGCGAGCAGGCGCUGGAGAAGGACACCAACGUGGAUGAGCCCAGCGAGUGGGAGAAGGCAGAGCUGGACCAGGCGCAGGUGGAGCAGCGGAUCAAGGAGUACAACAGCCAGAUCAACAGCAACCUCUUCAUGAGCCUGGCGGGGCGGCAGGGGCCGCGCACCCAGGGGGUGAAGCGCCGCACGUCCUUCUACCUGCCCAAGGGGACCGUCAAGCACCUGCACAUCCUCUCGCACACCCGCGCCAGCGAGGUCAUCGACGCCCUCCUCCGCAAGUUCACCGUCGUCGACAACCCCCGCAAGUUCGCCCUCUUCGAGAGGUCCGAGAAGGAUGAGCAAGUGUACCUGCGGAAGCUGGCUGAUGAGGAGCAGCCCCUGCGGCUGCGGCUGCUGGCCGGCCCCAGCGAGAAGGCGCUCAGCUUCGUCCUGAAGGAGAACGAGACCGGGGAGGUGAACUGGGACGCCUUCACGCUGCCGGAGCUGCACAACUUCCUGCGCAUCCUGCAGCGGGAGGAGGAAGAGCACGUGCGCCGGCUGCGGCACCGCUACGCUCGCUGCCGGCAGAAGAUGCAGGAGGCGCUGGCCACGCGCACCCCGGGGUGACCGCCACCGCCGCGGCCGCGGCCAGCCAGCGCGCCGGGACCCUCGCCCGCCGGCGGGUGGGGGCACCGGGGAGGGGGGGGGGUGGAAUGGGGCACCCCGGGACCUACCGGGUCGUCGAAGCCCCCGUGGGGCUGGCCCGGGGAGCGGGUGUCCCUGGGGGGAGCGAGUGUCCCUGGGGGGAGUGAGCGUCCCUGGGGGAGCGGGUGUCCCCGGGGUGGGGAGCAGGGCGUUGAGCACCAAUAAAGGCAUCUUGGUGACGA